GACGGGAGGCAGCAGACACACCUGGAGGGACGGGAGAAGAGAAGUUCAGACCUUCUUCUACUUCUUCUUCUUCUUCUUCUUCUGUCUGUCACGCAGAGGAAAAACCAUCCAGACAGGACAAUCAUGAUGUCGCCACAUGACCGAGCCCUCGAGGACCUGUUGUUGUACGGUGGCGACCUUGGUGACGAGGCGGAGGAGGGGGCGGAGCCAGGCGGGGGCAUGGGGGGGGCAGAGGACGGUCCUGGAGCCGAGAGUGCUCCAACACCUGUGUCCAUCCAGGAGCCAAUGAUGUGCGCUGGUUGUGGUGAGCAGGUGUGCGACCGUUUCUUCCUGUUGGCUGCAGGGAGGUUGUGGCACAGCUCCUGCCUCCGUUGUAGCCAGUGUCAGUGUGAGCUGCAGACGCACCCGUCGCUCUUCUGGAGAGACGGACGCAUCUACUGCCAGCAGGACUACUGCAGGAUGUUCGGAGGGGGUCAGUGUGCUCGCUGCUUCCAGCCAAUCCCAGCGUCCGCUCUGGUCAUGAGGUCCGGUGAGCUGACCUUCCACCCUCACUGCUUCUCCUGCCAGGAGUGUGAUGUGAAACUGCUGCCAGGGAGUCUGUACUUCCUCCAGGGCCAGACGGUCUACUGCCAGUCCCAUUAUCACAGUGAUGGGGGGGUCCCUCUGCCCCUGGACCCUCAACCCAAAUCAGACCUGAAGGAAGGUCAGAGCCAGGCCUCAGGUGAAGGGGAGGAGUCAGUGAGCAGUCCAGAGCCACGACUGGAUGACAGGGGGGCGAGUGGGCGGAGCCGGAGGCGGACCAAGCGAAUCAGGACGUGUUUUCGCAGCGAACAGCUCAGAGCGCUGGAGUCGUACUUCGCCCAGAAGCACAACCCUGAUGGCAAAGACUGGACCUGCCUGGCUCACAAGACCGGCCUCCCCAAGAGAGUCCUGCAGGUGUGGUUUCAAAACGCUCGGGCCAAACUCAGGCGUUCCCUGAACUCUGACGAAUCCCAAGUCAACUCGCCCUCCGGUCCCUCCAGACCCGUAGCCAUGACGACCAGCUCCCCACCUCCCUCCUGCUCUCCUCCGGACCAAUCGCAGCCCUUCCCCACCAGCACCAUCGACCACCUCCAGCUCUCCCUCCUCACCUCUCCGCUCAGUGAGCCGCCAGCGAGUCCAGGCGCCAGUCACCCGACACACCAGGUGCUGCAAAGCCCCGCCUUCUACCUGGACUACGACUCCCAGAGUGCACCUGGGUGCAUCUCCUCGCUGGAGGCCUUUGGAGAGUUUGGAGAGGCAGGAGGAGGAGAAGCAGAGCGACAAGUUGAUCCUGACACGUUCAGACCUCGUUACUGUUGAUGGAACAAAUGAGCAGAUCCUCAUUAGUAGACAGUAGUUGAACUAAUAAUCCUUAAUAAUUCAGAUAGCGGUGACAAUAUUAAACAGACAUGGUGAUGGAAACACGAAGGAGACAUGUAUCAUAGAGACGUGACUGUGUUUCAUUUAAACUUUAAUAAA